AUGGCGCUGCUCACCCACCUCCUCGCCUGUGCCUUCGGCACGGGCUCCUGGAUGGCCAUCAACGGGCUGUGGGUCGAGCUGCCACUACUGGUGACGGUGCUGCCAGAGCAGUGGGACCUACCCUCCUACAUCACCAUCAUCAUCCAGAUGGCCAAUGUGGGGCCGCUCUUCGUCACCCUCAUGCACCGCUUUUGGCCUGGCUUGCUGAAGGAGGUGCCCAUGAUCUAUGUGGUGGUGUCUGUGGGCAUUGUGGCCUGCUUGCUCCUGGCCUUCCUCUGGAACUACACGUCCCUCAUUGCUGGGAGGCCCCACAGCACUGCCUUCCUGACCCUCACCUUCUUCCUGGCCCUGGUGGACUGCACCUCCUCUGUCACCUUCCUACCCUUCAUGAUGCAGCUGCAACCCCAGUAUCUGACCACCUUCUUCAUAGGUGAAGGGCUCAGUGGGCUGAUCCCCGCUCUCAUCGCCCUGGGCCAGGGCUCCGGCAUCUCCAGCUGCGCCAACAUCACCCAUGUGGUCAACAUCACCACUGGCAACGAGACCGUGGAGAACACCAUCUUCCACUUGGAGACUCGCUACCUUCCAGCCAACUUCUCCACCUUCUUCUUCUUCCUCCUCAUGACUGUAAUGAUGCUAGCCUGCUUGCUGUCCUUCGUCUUCCUCACCAGGCAGCCCAAGGUGUGGGAGCUCUCGCAGCAGCAGUUGUUUCCCAGCAGCAUCAUGCUGAGCUCCUUUGACCAGAUCCCUGAGGAGGGAGCUGGCUUACGGCUGAGCAGAGGCUGCUCAUGCCCAAAGGAUGCCAAGGGGCCUGGGGACACCCCACCAGAGAAGAUCUACUCUCUGGCCAAGCUCACUUUCAUCUACCUCCUCAUCACUUGGGUGAGCGCUCUGAUGAACGGCGUCCUGCCAUCUGUGCAGUCCUACUCCUGCCUGCCCUAUGGCAACACCGCCUACCACCUCACAGCCACGCUCAGUUCCAUGGCCAACCCCCUCGCCUGCGUCGUGGCCAUGGUCUUGCCCAACAGGUCCCUGGCCCUGCUGGGCACCCUCACCAUGGUGGGGACAGGCUUUGGCGCCUACAACAUGGCCAUUGCAGUGAUGAGCCCCUGCCCGCUCCUCCAGCAGUCCCAGUGGGGCGAUGCCAUCAUUGUCCUCUCCUGGGUGCUGUUCACCGGGACAUUCUCCUACGUGAAGGUGAUGGCCGGGGUGAUCCUGCGGAGCCACAGCCACAGCGCGCUGGUGUGGUAUGGGGCGGUGGAGCAGCUGGGCUCCUUCCUCGGGGCCCUGCUCAUGUUCCCCCUCGUCAACAUCUACGGCUUCUUCAAAUCCGCUGACUACUGCAGCCUGCAGUGCCCGGCAUGA